AACAAAAGCAAAAACCAUUUCUUCUUCCUCACUCAAGAUGAUACGAAGAUUGAUAACAUAAUAACAACCCAUGCCAUCAAAAACCCACAAUUACCCUGUGAGGAGGAUGUGAUAGUAGUGCCCGUAAGGUGCUGGAAAAGGAAAAAAGCCAAGGAAGAAAAUGCCUCCUGAAGUUUCUCAUUUCCGUGCCCCUCAGAUCACUCCUUCGGUUCAGUUUUCUAUUACUGCAGCCUCAGGUUCAAGCCCCAAAUUUUGCAGAGCAGCUAGAAGGAUGAAAUUCUCUGGAAAGACACUACUCCCGGUGCUUAUUUUCAUCCUCUCAUGCCUUUCCAUUCUCAGACUUCUUAAAAUCGCAAUUACUACUUCACAUUCCACAUCUCCAGCUUCUGCUUUGUCGUCGACUCUUCAACAGGAGUGUUCAUCUCCUUCUGAAUGCAGUGAGGUUACAUCAAAUGCACCGGGGGUCUCCCGUCCGCACAAAUCCUCCGCCAAUGCAACCCUUCUCACCCCAAAAGAAUUCAAGCUUCUUUCAAAUCUCAUUACCCGUAAAGCACCCUGUAACCUCCUAGUUUUCGGGCUUCAAUCGCAGUACCUCAACCUCUCAUCAAUAAAUGCAGGAGGCGUCACUCUUUUUCUCGAGGAUGACCCUUACAAGAUAAGUGAAAUCAAAGCUGAUUCUAAUGGAACUCGAAUUCAUAAGGUUAAGUACCAGGUACCAGCUAAGAAGGCAUACAGCCUGCUCAAGCAUGCCAGGGGAAAUCCUGCCUGCGCACCAAGCACAAGUCUGCUCCAACAAUCAACUUGCAAAUUGGCAUUGAGAAAUUUACCAAAAGAAGUUUAUCAGCUUAAAUGGGAUGUCGUGGUGGUGGACGGGCCAAUUGGGGACGGACCAGAAGCACCAGGCAGGAUGUCAACUAUCUACACUGCUAGUAUGUUAGCCAGGGUUGGGAGGACGACUGAUGUUGUAGUACACGACGUUCAUCGGACGGUAGAAAAAUGGUUUUCUUGGGAAUUCCUGUGUGAAGAGAACUUGGUUUCUGCUAAAGGAAAAUUCUGGAACUUUAGGAUCCCCGGUCAAUCAAAUUCUACAAGGUUUUGCUCUCCCGAGACAGUUCGGAUAGAGUAAUAGCCUUCUUUUUCUGCAGCAACAGAACAAUCAGUGGCACCAUUGCUACAGGUCGUGCGUCCUAGAAUUUGUGAGUAAGAUACCAUCACAUUUCGCGUUAUAAAAGAUAUAUCACCAAAAUUGGAGUGCCACAUCCAGGAUAUAUUAGGUCUGGUAUCAUAUAUAAGUGGCACGAUUAUCCCCUACAUUGUUGACGACGGAAUUCCGGCUCAGGAAGGCAGAUAUGUGAGUAUCUGGAAUUGCAUAUUUUAUUCAUAUGCGUGUAAAUGAAGAAACAUCAGAGAUUUGUGAGUAUCGGGAAUGCAUAUUUUAUUCAUAUGCGUGUAUAUGAAGAAACAUCAGAUGGACUCGGUCAGUCAGAGUACGAGUGUGACUGCCUUGUUGCAUAUUUUGCUCAUAUGCGUGUAAAUUUAGAAACAAUAGAUGCACUUGGUUGUUACUAACAGCUUCUUUCA